GGGGGGGGCGCAGGGAGGAUGUUGGGGGGCGCAUGUGCAGUAGAGACAGUGAGGGAAAGGGAGUGGGCAUCCCUUAUUAAAGAUGGCGGCGCUGUUCACUAAAACAAGUAUGUAGAAUGUAGCAGGUGUAUAGCAGAUUAGGCAAGCCAGAAAUAUAGCGUUUUUACACAGCAAUAGUAGUACUAUUUAAUAGUGUGCUUAAUAGAGUUUGACUUUCCUUGUCCUUUAAUCUGAAUUUUUGCAAAUCGUACUUCUAAACAUCCUAAAUUCGAACUUUGAUAAAUCUGCCCCUAAAAGUUAACCUGCAGCUGAACCCCCCCUUUAACCCUUCUGCUCCCAACCUUGUACGUCUGGGUCCUACUCUGCCGUUUGCAUGCUUCCCAAUCUGCUGUAGGGCUGGUACUUUGUCAGCUAAUCAGGUCUCAAUACAAUAAGCACCCCACUGCUUUCCUGUCUGAUUAAUUCUAACAGCAGUAAAUAAAAUGUGGGCGGCCAAGAAUUAUUUCCAGUUAUAUCUCAUUUUGAAGAGAAAUGUGUCAGUGCCAGGAGUCUGCGGCCGGCCAGGUCGGCUUCCAUCCUUUUCAGCUUCUGUGUCACUUUUACAGCUCAUUCUCUUUUUCCCAAUUUUCCUUUUUUCAGCUGUUCCUGGGACCAUCCCAUCUAUUACUGGGGGAUUAUUGUCCCAGAAAACUUCAGAACAUCCUUACGCAGACUCCAUGGUCGAACCCUAUGUGGGAACUAUUUCUUCAAAAGGGACCUGUCACUCGAGGCAGUGACGUCAGAUCCGGAAGCAACGGCCUGGGAGUGCUGACCAAUCAAAACGCGUUCGUGGUUUAAAUGCCUUACCCUGGGGGGAACCCCGAAUGUUUGUGUGUGACACCCUACUUCCCAAGGAGUAUGGGCACCCAGGAAACAGAGUGGGUGGAUGUUGCCAACAGCCUUCUGAGUAAAUGCCACAUUAACCUGCAAGUCCAGGAAGUGUCGGGAUGUGACGCUCGUGUAUUUCUUGCUCUCUACGAAGCUAUUUUAGGAGAGAAGGUACCAGAUUUUAUUCCUGACGCUCAGAAUCCAGAAACCAACGCUCACAAUGUGCAGUCUGUUAUCGACUCUCUUGCUCUGGAUUAUCUGCAGGUCAGCCUGUCCCAUAUCACAGGGGAAAACAUUGUGCGUGGGGAUACUGAAUCCAUCCAAAACCUUUUGGAAAUAUUUGACGGCUUGCUGGAGUAUCUCACCGAACAAAUCAGUGAAGCGUCUUCCCAAAAUGGAGAGGAUUUAGAUGAUCGUGACUUCAGCCAAAGGAGGCAAAAUGAUGAGGUGCCAAAAGCACAGGAAGAGUUGCUGCCCACCCUGAGGCCACCCCCACUGGCAGGAUCUCCCGCGCUCUCUUCAGAGGUCUUUGUGCCAUCCUGGGAAGUGGACGGGUCUGAAUCCACGGCUGAGCUGAUCAGACUGGGAGACACUGCACAGACAUUUACCUGGAGGGGUUUGAGUCUGGAGCGGGCAACGUACGUCCAGAGGGAGGAGGAGCCAGUUCCCAAGCAGCCCAGUGUGGAAGGUGGUGAGGGGCUUCCUCAGGCCCCUGCGUGUGUUCCCAGUCACAGAGUAGGGGAAGGGUACGUUGCUGUGAAUGGUUUCUCUGUACCGGGAUCUCACCAUGAGGAUCUGCAACCUGCCAUCCCUCUGAAUCGCCCAUACCAGCCCGGCAGGCCCCCCACUGCAGAUAGAGAGGCUGCAGGCAGCGGAGGGCCCUCCCAUGUCCAUAUACAGAGCCACGAAAGGCUGCCUUCCACCGGUGGGCCCCAAGCCCCUGCUGUGGAUUCCAGACAAGGCAAAUCUCCUGAUGGAGCAGAGACCCGGGACACACACAAUGGGACCUCGGUCUCCCCCUUCCAAAAGAAAGUUGCCUUCCGCACCCUCCCUGACAUCCGCCUCAUGACCCUGCACAGCACCCUUACAGACUGUGAGAAUGGGGCAUUGGCCAAAGAAGAGGAGCUGGAACAGACCGAUUCCACCAUGCAACCGGAAAUUAGCGAAAGAUACUCUGCCCCUGGCUCCCGCCACUCUUUGUUUGAUUCCUGGGCUACAGACACCAAGCUGUCAUCCAUCACAGAGGAGCCAUUUUCAGUACAGAGAGCAAGGAACCGACUAUCGGAGCAGGAACUGCAGGAAAUGUCAGAGAAAUUGUCUCGCAAGCUGGAUGAACUGGACCUGAUGCUGAAGAAGGCGCUGGGGGCCCAGGCCGGAGGGGCGGAGCCUAGAGAAGAGGACAAGCUUUCCCAGCACAGUGACAGUAUCAUGGAGUUCCGCAGGAAGAAGCAGCUACAAGCAAUGCAGAGUUCAAGGAAACAGCAGAACAGACCUCGCUCUCUCUCGCCCACGCCGCUGGCUCCGCCCCGACACCCCCUGCACCCCCAGUUUGAGGACGCCUUACACAGGAAGGCCAAGGGGGAAGCCGGUAAGAUCAGGAGGGGCUUACAGAAGGAGCUGGACCUGCAGAGGAUGAAGUCCCAGCUACUGGCAAAUGACUAUGAGGAGCAACUAAAGGAUUUGGUGCAGACCGAGCGGGCUCAGCUCUCUGCCCUAAAGGCCAAAUUAAAGCAAACGGAGGAAGAGUGUGAGCAGAAUGUGUGCAAGGAGCCCAAGGAGAAGCUUCAGCCCGAGAUGGUUUAUUCUGCAAAGCGCUUUGUUUGUACCCCAAAGGGCAGCAAGGUGCCCGCUCUCCGCACCCAGCCCAGAAAAGUGGCACGGAUGAAGGUAAAGGAGAAUGAUCUGCUCCCCCUGCUGCUCGAUGAGUUCCCCUGUCUGCAGAUUUCCCCCCACACACUGAGGCGAAUGUGGCAGGGGCAGGUGUCGCAAAUGGAACGGCUCGCCAAAGCCUCGCAGGGUGACCAGCGCAGUGAACGCAGGCUGCAAAUAGAGGUGGAGGAGGCACAGAAGAAACAGGACCUUCUUGUUGAUAUUAUCCGCAAAGAGCAGGGCCAGAACCAGCGCCUGAAGGAGUUCAGGGAGCGGAUUGGGCUGCAGAAAUCGGCCCAGAAUAGGAUGAAGGAGAGGCGGCAGCAGGCGGUUCGGGCCAGGCGGUACUAUGAGGAUUACCACGUGCAGCUUCGGGCCAAGCUGAUGAGAGCUCGGACAAGGGAAGAGCGGCUCUUUAAGAAGCUGUUUGAGGAGGGGCUGGAGCUGCAGAAGGAGCGGCUGCGAGAGAUUCGCUCGUACACCCGGGAGCAGCGGCUCGAGCAGAGGAAGAGGCACAAAGAUGAGUUGGACUCCAUGGAAAACUACUAUAAAGACCAGUUCUCCAUGUUGGCCGAUGCCGUCACUCAGGAACGCCAGCAGAUCCAGGCCCAGGAGCAGGCGCAGGCUAAGACGCUGCAGAAGAUAAAGAGAGAGCUGAGAGGAAAGAUGGAGAAGGAGAUCCGGGAUCUACAAGAGAUGAUCAUUAGAACAGACGAAGACGCUUUCUUCCGGGAUCUGGAGGCAGAGAGACUGAGGAGGCGGCUGCAAAUGGCUUCCUAUCAGUACAGCAAAAGCCACUGUAUGUAAUAGCAGCACGCGGCCACAGGAGGGCGACUCAUAGAGGGGAAAAUACGUGUGGCCUGAAGGGGAAUUCUGACACUAAUGGUACAGGAAUAUACACUAUUCCCGCCCCCCCAGGAGGGAAACUUGUGCCACCCCAGUUAAUUGGCCGGCUGGGCAUCUCUGUAAUCACUGUGAGCCUAGGGGGGGUCCGGCCUACAGCCAAUCCACGUGCCACGUUGUUAUCCUUGCCUUUAUACAGUGUAUUUGGGGGGCAGUCACAUUAGUGACCCCCUGGCCAAUUGGGAAGUGCCUUAGCCACACGCGGCACAGAGUCUCCGCCCCCCAGCGGGUUAAUUUGCUUUAUUUAUUUCCAGCCAAGAUUUUAACUUAUUGUGUGAAUCUGUCAUUUUUACCUGAAAGUAAAAGCGGGGUUUUCUGUUA